GUAGGUGCUGUCCCGUUAGUUAUAAGAGCGAAAACUCGCAGGAAGACGGGAGCGAGAGAAAAAGAGAACUGACGCAGCACCUGUGACCACGACCACAGCAAGGCUCCCGCAUCUCCGCCGCCGGUCUGAUCCGCAUCCGCGACGGCCGCUUGAUGUCCCUGUCCCCGUUGAGCGGCCACUACCGCCCGCCGACCAGCAACUUCCGCGCCUUCGUCAGGUCGCUCAAAGAGGCCGGCGUCGACAUGAGCCACAUGAGCGUGAGCAAGAGCUACGCCGUGCUCGUCGGCCUGGAGACGUACGUCAAGGUGCGCAAGAAGGCCAAGGACAUCGUCGACAAGGUCAAGCACCACGGGAAGGCGGAGCCACAGGAGGACAUCCUGGCGGUGCCGCGGAGCAGGAAGACGACGUCGACGUCGAUGUCGACGCUGGCGGACGAGGCUGAACUCGCGCACACGCAAAUGACCCCUUCCCGUCCCGCCGGGGCCAGCCCAUGUCCGCGUACAGGGCUGGAAACGGCCGAGAACGACGACGGGCCACAGCCAGCGCUGUCCCCAGUCCCCGAACACGAGAGCCCAGAACAGAACGACGAACAACAACACAAAAGAGAAAAAGAAAGCGAGGAGGAGAAGAUGCGCGAGGAAAACAGACUCGCUGUCGAGGUCGUGCAAAAGCUGGGCCUCGGCACCGGCCUGCCUGAGCCCAAGGGGCAAAAAGGGGGUUGACACUGGCCCGCCGAGCCACGUCUCUUGCCCGGAUGGAUGUCGUUCCAUAGAACUGCUCACAGCCUCCAGUGCCUCACUGCUCCCUGCUUGGGUUGGUUCAUAGCCCCGAUUCACAUUCAAAGCUGCUUGAUAUAUGAUGUUGAGAUACCUCCCCUCUGCUCAUCGGUAGUCCGGACACUCGUUUCCAGUCGAAGCUUGCAGGUCGCACCAACACCCUUUUCGCGAACCUGCUCCCGCUGAAUGUCUCACUCG